AGGAUUACGACAAAUAUUUCGUUAAGAAUAAUAUUUUUGUGAAUUAAAACUAAAAUUAUUUUUGGUACUUAAAAUUGAACAAUAUGUUAACUGGUUGGAAAUUACUUUUAUCAAAAUGUUUUCUUAUACCGCAAAGAGUUGUAUUGGCAAUAAUGGGAUUUUUUGCAAUAGUAAAUGCAUAUACAAUGCGUAUAUGUUUAUCAGUAGCAAUAACCGAAAUGGUUGCCAAAAAGAAUAAAACCAACGCUUACAUAUCUAGUGAAAUGGAUCCACAAACACAUUUAUUUGAUUGGUCAGAACAGCUUCAAGGUACAAUAUUAUCAUCAUUUUAUUGGGGUUAUGUAAUAACACAUUUACCAGGAGGUUAUUUAUGUGAAAAAUUUGGUGGAAAAUGGGUUUUAAGUUUAGGAAUUUUAUCUACUGCAAUAUUUACUUUAAUAACACCAGUAGCUAUAAUUGAAGGUGGUUCUGGUGCACUUAUUGCUGUUCGAGUUUUAAUGGGCUUAGGUGAAGGUACAACAUUUCCAGCUUUAUCAGCACUAUUAUCACAAUGGACACCGUUAGGUGAAAGAGCAAAAUUAGGUGCAUUAGUAUUAGGUGGAGGUCAAAUUGGUACAAUUAUUGGAAAUAUGGUUUCUGGUUUAUUAUUACAUAGUUUCCAUUGGGAUUCUGUAUUUUAUUUCUUUGGUGCUUUAGGUGUUUUAUGGUUUAUCUUAUUUACAUUGUUAUGUUAUAGUGAUCCAAAUUCACAUCCCUAUAUCUCAGAUAAAGAGAGAGAUUUCUUAGCAAAAGAAUUAGGUUCAAUUGAACGUAAUAAAAAUUUACCACCAGUACCAUGGAAAUAUAUAUUUACAAGUGCACCAAUGUGGGCAUUAAUUGUUGCACAAAUUGGACAUGAUUGGGGAUUUUUUGUAAUGGUUACCGAUUUACCAAAAUAUAUGGCGGAUGUAUUAGAAGUUUCUGUUAAAGAAAAUGGUUUAUAUUCAUCUUUACCAUAUGCUGUUAUGUGGGUUGUUUCAAUAUUAUCAGGAUUUGUUGCUGAUUGGAUGAUAACAAGAGGAAUAAUUGGUGUUACAUUAUCUAGAAAAUUAUGUACAAUUAUUGCUGCUGUGGGUCCUGGUAUAUUUAUGGUAGCUGCAUCAUAUGCUGGUUUAGAUAUUGGAUCAGUUGUUGCAUUAUUUACAAUAUCUAUGGGUAUUAUGGGUACAUUUUAUUCGGGUAUGAAAUUAAAUCCAUUAGAUUUAAGUCCAAAUUACUCAGCAACAAUUAUGGCAAUAACAAAUGGAAUUGGUGCAAUAACUGGUAUUAUAGUACCAAUAAUGGUUGGAGCAAUGACACCAAAUGCUAGUUUAGAAGAAUGGAGAUUAGUAUUUUGGAUUGCAUUUGCAGUUUUUGUUGCAUCAAGUAUAGUAUAUGCAAUUUGGGCUUCAGGUGAAGUACAACCAUGGAAUGAACCGGAAAAUCUAAAACCGAGAUUAAUUGAAAAUGGUAUUGAAGAUGACAAAAUAGAUACAUCGGACAAGAAUAAAUCGAAUGCUUAGAUCUAUUUUAGUAUUUAUUUUCUUUUUUUUAGGUUAUUGAUAAUAAUUAUUUAUUAAAGAAAAAUAAAGAUUUUUAGCAUAGAGAGGAAGCAAACAAAAGUUAAUAUUUUUAUAAAUUAACUGUUUUGAUCAAUAAUAUUGCGAUUAUAAAUAUUGUUACUCGUCGAAUAAGGCACACAUUAAAUAUUAAUUUUUUUUUUAUAUCAUAAAGCAUAUUUUAAAAUAAAAUUUUAUAUUGCAAUCAAUAGAUUAUUAAGUAGUAAAUUUCAACAAUCUAUCCGAUUUCAAAAUUAAUCCAAUGGGCGUCAUAAAUUCAAAGAAAUAUGCUUUUUUUUUAUAUGUUAAAUUUUAAACAAAAAAUAUAUACUUGUAGUGAAGCUUAUAAAUUGAUAUUAUCAUAAUCGCAUUGGUUUAUAAACCAAUUAAUUGACUUUUGUUUGUGACCAAAUUUUAAUCGCAGAACAAAAAAGAUCAUCAAGUACAAAGAAUUUUCAUACUAGCAAUUUAAAAUUAAAAUUAAUUGCUUAUAUUGUAAAUUUAUAAUAAGUAUAUAAGCAGUUAAUGCUAAUUACAAGAUCCAUGUAUUAUAAUUUAAGAAAACCAUAUUUUAAUAAAAGAAUUUAGGUAUUUGUUACAAUUUUUGACUGUAGAAAAAUAUAUAAAUAUUGCUUAUAUAUAAAUUGAUAUCAUAGAAUAAAACAUCUAAUUAAUUGAAUGUUUUAAAGUAUUUUAGCUUAAAUAAAAAUAUAAGAGGGUAUCAAAAUCAUUGUGAAUCCAAUGCCAAUUUACUUCAUUAGUACUGGACUCCUUAUAGAAUAUAAAUAAUCAAUAUUAUUAUAUAUGUACUUAAAAAAUCAUGUUACUCAGUCAGGAAUUUUGUAAUUAUCUCUUGAAUACAAAAAUCAAUUAUAGACAAUAUUAUAAUAUGAAACUGUGUUAUUUAAAUAAAUUUAUAUAAUCGCACCGUUUAAAGGU